CGAGAAACUCCUGAAGAGGUUCUCAAGAUUCUACAGUUAAAGGGUGCGAUUUUUGAUGAUAAUCCCUUGCUUCAGCAGUGGUUCAGAUACACAGAAAUGUACAGGGCCAAGAUGGGUAACAAGGCGUUUACUGAAUCGCAAAUACUGCAGUUUUUGCUUGAUGCUCAACCGCUCGCAAAGCAACCUGGAAAACUCUUCGAGUCGCUUAAGGAAGUCCCGGAUUUGAAAAACAUCGCUGGAAAUUUACAGAGCUAUCUCUUUCAGAAAAUUAUACUUGUCAAGGAAGAAAGCUCCAAGAGCUACGGAGACAGUUUGAUGAAGCCUUACGACUCCUGGGAAUCACUGUUAAAGUUGCCGAAGUCCGGAAUGUUUAUACGGCGCAGUAUGCAGAAACUCAAAAAGUAAAGAAGAUUCUAGACGGCGUUGCGCCUGAAACAUCACCGUAAAAUAUUCGCUAGAAGAUCCAUCAGUGGUGCAACUAAAUGGCCACCUUCUCAUGUAAAUUGGAAGCCUCAAUCGGUUCCAUGUACUUAAGUAUCUGGUCUCCGGGCUGAUAGGUGAUUUAUAAUAAGUUGGAUGGCAGCCAGUGCUGAUACGAACCUCCAAAAUAUGCAGACUUACAUUAAAGUUUCAACUUUGGGAGCUCACACUAUGCAGUAUGCAGCUCGCUACGGUGAUACGACCUGUUCACCGACACGGACGCGAACGCUGCAAUCUCGACCGCAACGAUGGUCCGAACUCUGUUAGAAGCAAUGAGCUGCUAGCUAGAAUAUGACAUCAAAGAGCACACAAUAAAUUGUAGAUAAAGUUGUUGCUCGAACUCAUUGUCGUGUACUUGUAACUACGGAACAGUAAAUAAUAAGAUACUGUGUGAGUGGUGGUAAGCCCCAAUCCAAAACA